ACUAGAGUUUUGCCGCAUUUGUUUACAAAUGUAAAAACAUUGAAAUUUGCUAAUUCCCUUAAAAAAGCGUGGAAAUGGGCUCGCCGAAGCGUGUUUUGGUCAUCGACAAUGGCUCAUACGAAUGUCGUGUUGGAUGGCACAACGUCAAGGAGCCGGCGCUACGAUUCAGAAACGUCUUGACCAAACCUCGCAAAGACAGAAAAAAGGAAGCCACGCCGGGCGCCUCGGAUGGCACCACGACACCGGUCGCAGCUGAGGUGCCAGCCGAAAUACAAGUUGGCAAUGACAUAACUAACAUUGAGGCAGUGCGUGCUCAUCUAAAGUCGCCAUUCGAGCGGAAUAUUAUAACGAAUUGGAAUCAUCAGGAGCAGAUCUUUGAUUACAUUUUCACCAAAAUGGGCUUCGAGGGUGAGCAGAGCAUUGCCCAUCCGAUUGUGCUGACCGAGGCGCUGGCCAAUCCCAACUUUUGCCGCCAGAACAUGAACGAACUGCUCUUUGAAUGCUAUGGCAUCACCGCCGUUUCCUAUGGCCUCGAUGCGCUGUACAGCUGGGAGCACUAUCAGAGUCGUCGCAAGAAGGUGUCGGAUGCACUGAUAAUCUCUUUUGGCUACAGCACCACCCAUGUGAUUCCCGUGCUAAAUGGAAAGCUGCAGCUGCAGCAUGUGCGUCGCUUGAAUGUCGGCGGCUAUCACAUGAUUACAUAUCUGCUGUGUCUGAUGCAAAUGAAGUAUCCGGUGCAUCUGAAUGCCAUCUCCAUUAGCCGCAUGGAGAAGCUGGUCCACGAGCAUUGCCACAUUGCCAUCGACUACAAGGAGGAGUUGCUCAAGUGGGCACAAAUCGAUUAUUACGAGGAGCACAUCAUGAAAAUCCAGCUGCCGUACAAUCAGGUUACGGCCACCAAUGCUUUACUCACCGCCGAACAGAAGCUGGAGAAGCGGCGCGAGUUGGCAAUGCGCCUGAUCGAGAUUAAGAAUCGUCGGGAGGCCGAGAAGCUGCGCGAGGAUGAGCAACAAUUGUUUGUCUACAACAAACUGCGGCAGCUCUAUGAGCAGGAUAAGCUGCAAAAGUUUGAGCUGGCUCUGGCCCAACAGCAGAUUGGCAAUCUGGAGGAACUGGACUCGCUCAUCAGCACAAUUAGUGGUCGGAUCAAGCGCAUCAAGGAUCGUCCUUUGAGCGCACCCAAGCCCAGCAGGCAGCAGGAUAAAAUAGACAAAAUGCCAAAGCCGCCAGAGGGUGUCCCGCAGGCGGAUUGGUUGGCCGAACUACAGGGCAAGCGUGAGCAACUGCUGCAACGCAAGCAGACGCGCCAGCAGCAGCGACACGAGCAGGGCAAGCGACACACGCACGCCGCACAGGAGCGGAUGCGCAUCAUCUCCACGCUGGCGCGCAGCGAGAAGCGUCGCAAGGCCAACGGUGAGGAGGAGGACGACGGCUUCGGCAUGAACGACAACGAUUGGGAUGUGUACAAGCGCAUCAAUCGGUAUAACGAUGACAGCGACUCGGAUGCGGACAACGAGCAGCUGCUGGAGUACGAGAAAAUACUCAGCCACUACGAUGUGAACUUUGACGAAGGGAAUGCGGUGCAGCAGCAGAGCGCAGCGGAAAAUUAUCAAUUGCAUUUCGGCGUAGAGGAUAUCCGCGUGCCAGAGAUUCUCUUUCAGCCGAGCAUGAUUGGCUCCUCGGAGGCGGGCCUGGCCGAGUUGAUUUCCUUUGUGCUGAAGCUCUUCAACGCGCAGGAGCAGCAGCGUAUGGUGGAGCAUGUCUAUCUAACCGGCGGCAGUGCACAGCUGCGUGGCCUCAAGGAGCGCCUGGCUAGGGAGUUUCAAGAGAUGCGACCAUUUCAGUCGACGUUUUCCAUAUACGAAUCGGAUGACCACACGCUGAGCGCCUGGCUGGGUGCCUGUGUGCAGGCCAGUCAACCCAACUUUGGCCAGACGCUGACCACGCGCAAGGAUUACCAGGAGCACGGCAGUGAAUACUUCAGGGAGCAUCGUGCUAGCAAUCUCUUUUAUCCUACACCGAAAGAUUAAACAUUUAUUUGUCCAAAAUAUACACACACAGC